GUACUUAUGAUCACAAGUGUGAACUCUACGAUGGACACUGAUGUGGAUGAACUCCCUGUCGUCCUACCUUCAACAACCACUUCUGGACUUUCGAUAUCGUUGCACCCACUUCCGAUUCUCAAUGUCUCUGAACAUUUAACCCGACUAAAACUACAGACAAACUCUCCGUCCCCUUUCGUCCUCGGCGCUUUGUUGGGACAACAAACGGGCCGAGAGGUGGAAAUAGUAAACACGUUUGAGCUAGCUGUGGAGGGAGAUGGCCAGAGCAUCGACCACGGUUUCUUAGUCACGAGAAGGGAUCAGUAUAAGCAAGUGUUCCCCUCUCUUGAGUUCAUUGGAUGGUACACAGUCGCUCCCCAGCCUACGGCACGUCAUAUUGCCCUUCAUUCGGAGUUUACUGGAUACUGUUCGACGCCGCUCCUUCUCCUUCUGCAACCUGGCCUUAAAGCACAAAACAGCGCGGACGGAACCACUUCUGAUCUGCCUUUCAAAGCAUAUGAGGCUACGGUCGAACUAAGAGAACGGUCUUCACGCUCUGUCUUUGUAGAGGCGAACUAUAAAGUUGAGACAGGUGAAGCGGAACGUAUUGCAGUUGAUUGGACAGCGCGAGGAGGUGGUAGUGGGACAAGCUUGGAAUCGCAUCUUCAGACGCAGCGGGCGGCUGUGAAAAUGCUAUACGACAGGAUUUUAGUGCUGGUACAAUAUGUCACGGACGUUAUUGCAGAGAAAUCGCCCGUAGACAACGACAUUCUUCGUUCGAUCUCGGCGCUCGUGGCGUCCUUGCCGGCUACCGAAAACAAGACCUUCCGUCAGGAGUUCAACACAGAAUACGAGGAUGUGCAGCUUACCGCUUUCUUAUCUUCCCUCACAAAAUCUACCAAUAUCCUCAACGAGAUCGUCAACAAACAUCUCUUCAUGACAGCAAGCCGCGAGGACAGAUACGGUGCCAGUCGUCGCCGAAUGAUGCCGAUGGGUGCUCGACAUCCCGCAUUUGACUCCAAUUGGGAUCGCAUGGCUUAA